UUCCUUGUUUACUUCCAGAGUUACCAGCUGAAGAGGGGAAGUCCCUGUGGGAGCUGGUGGUGGAGCAGUUUGAGGAUCUCCUGGUUCGAAUCCUGCUGCUGGCUGCAUGUAUCUCAUUCACCCUGGCAUGGUUUGAAGAAGGUGAAGGGACGAUCACAGCCUUUGUCGAACCUUUCGUCAUACUCCUCAUCCUCAUUGCAAAUGCUAUCGUGGGUGUGUGGCAGGAGCGUAAUGCAGAGAACGCCAUCGAAGCUCUGAAGGAGUACGAGCCAGAGAUGGGCAAAGUGUACCGACAGGACAAGAAGAGCGUGCAGAGAGUCAGAGCCCGAGACAUCGUUCCUGGAGACAUCGUGGAAGUGGCAGUUGGAGAUAAGGUGCCAGCUGACAUCAGGCUGACAUCCAUCCGUUCCACCACCCUCAGGGUGGACCAGUCCAUUCUGACCGGGGAGUCCGUCUCAGUGCUCAAACACACCGACCCUGUACCCGAUCCCAGAGCCGUCAACCAGGACAAGAAGAACAUGCUGUUCUCUGGCACCAAUAUUGCAGCCGGCCGAGCCAUCGGAGUCGUAGUGGCAACAGGGGUGCAGACAGAGAUCGGGAAAAUCCGCGAUGAGAUGGCCUCCACCGACCCCGAGAGGACCCCACUGCAACAAAAACUGGACCAGUUUGGAGAGCAGCUGUCCAAGGUCAUCAGCGUGAUCUGCGUGGCUGUGUGGGCCAUCAACGUGGGACACUUUAAUGACCCGGUGCAUGGAGGCAGCUGGCUGAGAGGGGCUGUGUAUUAUUUCAAGAUCGCUGUGGCCCUGGCAGUGGCUGCCAUACCAGAAGGCCUUCCAGCAGUCAUUACCACCUGCCUCGCCCUGGGAACCAGGAGAAUGGCUCGGAAGAAUGCCAUAGUCCGCAGCUUACCGUCAGUGGAGACGCUGGGCUGCACCUCUGUGAUCUGCUCGGACAAAACAGGAACGCUAACCACCAACCAGAUGUCAGUCUGCAGGAUGUUCGUAGUAGACAGUGUGUCAGGGGAGCGCUGCAGCCUGAGCGAGUUCACAGUGACUGGAUCUACGUACGCCCCUGAAGGGGACGUUUACAAGGACGGUUCAGCGGUGAAGUGCAGUCGGUAUGAAGGCCUGGUGGAGAUGGCCACCAUCUGUGCGCUGUGUAACGACUCAUCGCUCGACUACAACGAGGCCAAGGCUGCGUAUGAGAAGGUCGGGGAGGCGACAGAGACCGCCCUCUGCUGUCUGGUGGAGAAAAUGAACGUGUUUGAGACGGACCUGAGAGGACUGAGCCCUGCUGAGCGAGCCACCGCCUGCUGCUCCGUGAUUAAGCAGCUCAUGAAGAAAGAGCUGACUUUAGAGUUCUCCAGAGACAGGAAGUCCAUGUCCGUGUUCUGUUCAUCCAACAAACUCACCAGAUCUGCUGCAGGAGCCAAGAUGUUUGUUAAGGGAGCGCCGGAGAGCGUCCUGGAACGCUGCAGCUACGUCCGAGUCAGCGGCUCUGCUCGCGUGCCUUUGAGCCCGGCGGUUCGAGAGCAGCUCCUGUCUGUCGUACGGGAGUGGGCGACGGGCCGGGACACGCUGCGAUGUCUCGCCAUGGCGACGAGGGACGCGCCUCCUGACAUCCACCGCCUCAACCUGGAGAACUCAGCGGCCUUUGCUACCUACGAGUCCGACCUGACCUUUGUGGGCUGCGUGGGGAUGUUGGAUCCCCCGAGAAAAGAAGUGCUUAACGCGGUGCGAAUGUGUCGGCAGGCUGGAAUACGAGUCAUCAUGAUCACAGGUACUCACCUCCAAACAGCAGCUCUUCUUCUCUGCAGGCGAGUGGGCAUCAUCACCGAGCAGGAGGAAGAGCAGGAGGGCGCGGGGGUCAUCGGGGGCCUAACGGGGCGGGAGUUUGACGAGCUGCCCCCACACCUGCAGCGUCAGGCCUGUCAGACGGCCCGUUGCUUCGCCCGGGUGGAGCCGGCCCACAAGAGUCGGAUAGUGGAGUACCUGCAGAGCCUGAACGACAUCACGGCCAUGACAGGUGACGGGGUGAAUGACGCGCCGGCGCUGAAGAAGGCAGAGAUCGGCAUCGCCAUGGGCAGCGGCACAGCGGUGGCCAAGUCUGCCUCCGAGAUGAUCCUGGCCGACGAUAACUUCUCCACCAUCGUGGCUGCCGUGGAGGAGGGCAGAGCCAUCUACAACAACAUGAAGCAGUUCAUCCGAUACCUGAUAUCCUCCAACAUCGGAGAGGUGGUCUGUAUUUUCCUGACAGCAGCACUGGGCAUGCCUGAAGCUCUGAUCCCCGUCCAGCUGCUGUGGGUCAACCUGGUCACCGAUGGAUUCCCAGCAACCGCUCUGGGCUUCAACCCUCCGGACCUGGACAUCAUGUCUCGUCCUCCACGCUCCCCGAAGGAGCCGCUCAUCUCCAGCUGGUUGUUCUGCCGCUACCUCAUCAUCGGAUGUUAUGUGGGAGCUGCCACAGUGGGAGCUGCUGCCUGGUGGUUCAUGGCGGCCCACGAUGGACCCAAACUGACCUUCUAUCAGCUGGUAAGCAUCUUACAUUUUCCCAAAUAUUGAAGAGCACCUUAUUUCUAACACGAGCACAACUCCAAACCUGAAGAGACAGUUUUU